AUGGCCCAGCUGGACACUCUCGAUUUGGUCGUUUUGGUGGCUCUCUUGGUGGGUAGCGUUGCCUACUUCACCAAGGGUAGCUACUGGGCCGUUCCCAAGGAUCCCUACGCCUCCAGCGCCGUCGCGAACAAUGCCGCAAAGAGCGGCAAGACCCGCGACAUCGUGGAGAAGAUGGAUGAGACGAACAAGAACUGCGUGAUCUUCUAUGGAUCACAAACUGGUACCGCGGAGGAUUAUGCCUCCCGUUUGGCAAAGGAAGGCUCUCAGCGCUUUGGCUUGAAGACGAUGGUCGCCGACAUUGAGGACUAUGACUACGAAAACCUGGACAAAUUCCCCGAGGACAAGGUCGCAUUCUUUGUGCUGGCCACCUACGGUGAGGGCGAACCCACGGACAAUGCCGUGGAAUUCUAUCAAUUCUUCACUGGCGAGGAUGCCGCCUUUGAGAGCGGUGCCACCGCUGAAGACUCUCCUCUGUCUGCCAUGAAAUACGUCGCAUUUGGCCUCGGAAACAACACCUAUGAGCACUACAACGCUAUGGUCCGCCAGGUUGACGCUGCGCUGAGCAAGCUUGGUGCGCAGCGCAUCGGCACUGCUGGUGAGGGUGACGAUGGCGCCGGUACCAUGGAGGAAGACUUCCUCGCCUGGAAGGAGCCCAUGUGGGCUGCUCUGACCGAGGCCAUGGGACUUCAGGAACGCGAAGCUACAUACGAAGCGGUUUUCUCUGUCACCGAGGAUGAGCUCAAGACCCCCGAGGACGACUCCGUCUAUCUGGGUGAACCAACUUCCGCCCACCGGGAGGGCGCGGCCAAGGGUCCCUACUCUGCGCACAACCCUUACGUUGCCCCCAUCGUCGAAUCCUCCGAAUUGUUCACAGUCAAGGACCGCAACUGCCUGCACAUGGAAAUUAGCAUCGCUGGAAGCAACCUCAGCUACCAGACCGGUGACCACAUCGCUAUCUGGCCCACCAACGCCGGCGCCGAGGUUGAUCGUUUCCUUGAAGUUUUUGGAAUCACCGAAAAGCGUCACUCCGUGAUCAGCAUCAAGGGUAUUGAUGUCACAGCCAAGGUUCCUAUCCCGACCCCCACCACCUACGACGCGGCCGUCCGCUACUACAUGGAAGUUUGCGCCCCUGUCUCUCGUCAAUUUGUCUCAACCCUCGCCGCUUUUGCCCCCGAUGAGGAAAGCAAGGCUGAGAUCGUUCGCCUCGGUAACGACAAGGAUUACUUCCACGAGAAGAUUACCAACCAAUGUUUCAACAUCGCCCAGGCUCUGCAAAGCAUCACUCCCAAGCCUUUCACUGCCGUUCCGUUCUCGCUCCUGAUUGAGGGUCUUAACAAGCUCCAGCCCCGUUACUAUUCUAUCUCUUCGUCUUCUCUGGUUCAAAAGGACAAGAUCAGCAUCACCGCUGUUGUCGAAUCCGUCCGCUUGCCUGGUGCGUCACACAUGGUCAAGGGUGUCACCACCAACUACCUUCUCGCCCUCAAGCAGAAGCAGAACGGGGACCCGCAACCCGAUCCUCACGGCCUGACUUACUCUAUCAAUGGUCCUCGCAACAAGUACGACGGGAUUCACGUGCCCGUCCAUGUCCGCCACUCCAACUUCAAGCUCCCCUCUGACCCCUCCAAGCCUAUCAUCAUGGUUGGCCCCGGUACCGGUGUUGCUCCAUUCCGCGGUUUCAUCCAGGAACGUGCUGCUCUCGCCGCUAAGGGCGAGAAUGUUGGAACCACUCUUUUGUUCUUUGGAUGUCGCAAGAGCGACGAAGACUUCAUCUACCAAGAUGAAUUCAAGACCUGGCAAGAGCAGAUGGGCGAUUCCCUGAAGAUCGUCACUGCCUUUUCUCGCGAGGGAUCCCAGAAGGUGUACGUCCAGCACCGCCUCAAGGAGAAUGCCACUCUCGUGAGCGAGCUCCUGAAGCAGAAGGCCAACUUUUAUGUCUGUGGUGACGCUGCCAACAUGGCCCGCGAGGUCAACUUGGUGCUCGGCCACAUUAUUGCCGAGCAGCGUGGCAUGCCCGCGGAGAAGGGCGAGGAGAUGGUCAAGCACAUGCGCAGCAGCGGCAGCUACCAGGAGGACGUCUGGUCAUGA